AAAAUAUUGGAACCAUUUUUUUGUUGAAAGAAAAUAUAUAUGAGAUACAUAAACUUUUCCAAACAAAUUAAAAUAAAAUACAUGCAACCUUUUGGACGAUAAAUAAUUUUCAAUUAAUUUUUUUUUUUUUGACUCAAUUAAUUUCUAUUAGCACAGGAAAAGUUUAAUUAAGCAAAAUUAUUUGUUUAUAUUUUUUGGGUUUUUUUUAAAUAAUUCUUUCUCGCGGCUAACUCAAGUCUCAAGGUCCAAAAAUGGCCUCUCGUGGCAGAUUUGACGUCUCUGUCAGUCUUCUUCUUCUUCGGACUGUGCUGUAAUCCUACGCCAAACUGUUCCUCUUCAAGCUUAGGAUCUCUUUUGAGGAGGAGCGAGCUUCCAGUUCAAUGGUGUAGCUGUUUCUGUACCAUCUUCUCAGUUGCAUUGGUUUUUAUUACCAAAUCAGUCAGAGUCAGACUUGUAAUGGAAAUUGCAUCCAGCCAGUCAUUUGAUUCAGACGAAGGAGAACAGUGUCUGCCCAUCGAAAGCCAUGGUGAAACCGAACACAUGGCUGAUGAUGAGAUUGCAGAACAUGUUGACCAGUUUGAAGAAAGUUUACCCAUGACAGGCAAUGUUAUAGAGCCGUACAUUGGCAUGGAGUUCAAAUCAAGGGACGAUGCUCGAGAAUUUUUUAUUGUUUAUGGAAGGCAUACUGGAUUUACUGUACGUAUUCAUCAUAACAGGCGGUCACGGAUAAACAACAUGGUGAUAGGUCAGGAUUUUGUUUGUUCGAAAGAAGGUUUUCGUGAAAAGAAAUAUGCGAGCAGGAAAGAUAGAGUUCUUCCUCCUCCACCUGUUACCAGAGAAGGAUGUCCUGUAAUGCUGAGGGUGGCUUUAAGAGAUGGAGAGAAGUGGGCCGUCACCAAAUUUAUAAAAAAGCAUAAUCACACGUUAAUGUCUCCAAGUAAAGUUCCAUGGCGAGGGUCUAGCAAGCACAUGAUCACUGAGGAUGAGAAGGAUCGGAGAAUAGGUGAACUGACACUUGAACUAAGCAAAGAAAGACAGAGAUGUAAACGUAGAUGUGCAGUUUACCGGGAACAAUUGCAUAUGAUCUUGAAAGACAUAGAGCACCAUACUGAUCACUUGUCAAAAAGAGUUCAAGAUAUUGUUCAAAACAUACAGGAGUUUGAGAAUGAAGAUUCAUAAUUUUAGUUCUCUGUCUACAAGUUCCAUUUUACUUUUGAUAAUGUACUAUUUUCAAAGUUAUCAAUACUAAUUUAGUAAGGUACACACAAUACAAGACAGGGCUCCAUCUUCUACAUGUUAAUUUUGGGUGUUAUGAGCUUUAAACCAAGAAUGUAAAUCUUCCGUUCAAGUUGCUUGACAUUUCUAUGUUCAACUACUCAAAUUUGUGGAAGGAUUAGAUGUAAAUUUUGAGUAGUGGGAAUGGAAAACAAGAGGCCAUGCAAUAUGACAUCAGAAGAUGCAAUUAAUUUUAUGUG